CCUCCACUUCGGUGAAUAAUUGCUAAGUAUUGGACAUGUAUAUACACUGAUUUAGCCCACCACAUAGUGUCCUUGACGAUCGUUUAAAGCGUUAUGUGACAUCCGAGGGAACGGCUGCAAAGGAGACUACAUCUGCGACAUACCAGAGACUAAAAAUAACACUGUGGUUAUUCGAACCCUCUGAUGCUUUAACUAUUUAACGGAAAUUGUGGAAUGAUAUUACUCAAUCAGUUGCUGUCCAUCGUAUCGUUUCUGAAUGUCACGCCACUUUUUCAAAAAAUAAACAGAUGGACAACUGUGUAGAUAUUACACACGACUUGUGAACUGUGAAAAUUGAAGUACAGAGGUGAGAGAUUUCGAAUUUAGACGAUGUCAAACUUAACGUGGAGGGUACUGUUGAUUAUCACCAUAGGGCUGACUAGCGAAGGAAGUAUUUGGCAGACGAAGGAAGAUGUCUAUGAAAGUUUUCAGAAGACUCCACCGUUACAGGAAAUCAAGGAAUACCUCAUGAAAUAUUUUCUAGAUCGUCGAGACCACACAAGGGGAAAGCGAUUCAUUCCAUAUCACGACAUCAUUUUCAUUCUCGACUCAUCCAAGUUUCUCUCUGAGGAAAACUUUAAUCUCAGUGUUAUAACAGCACAAAAUUUGGUGACGAGGUUCGAUCCUGACACACAAUUUGCAUCAAUAAUAUUUGGGACCAAUGCUACCAUCAGCUUCAAUUUUCAUUUUGCCAGGGUAGCCAUCGAGAGCUUCGGUAAAGUAGGAUAUCAAGGAGGGAAGAGAAACACCUUUGAUGCAUUACAAGCCGCACAAAAUAUGCUUUUACUUAACCACAAUUCAGGGGUGCGUGACGGCAGUCGUAAAAAAGUGCUACUUGUGACUACAGGGCCGUGUGAGCGCACUCUCACUGAGACGAUCAAACUUCAGAGGCUGAUUUGGGUAGCGAUGCAAAUAAAAAACCUGGGAGCUGAAGUGUUUGUUGUUGCUGUCGGCAAUAGGAUUCCCAGAAUUGAAGAACUGCUUUUAAUUCCAAGUUCUACCGAUGUGCAUUUCUAUCGUGUGGCCAAUAUGACGGCAUUUAAGAGUUUAGUGGAUGAGAUCCCUAUCCAUAUCGUUUACCAAGAUGAUUACUAGGUUCCACAGUAUUCAACGACUUGUUUGAACAGUCGAAUCAUUCUUAUCCAUAUUCUUUACGACUGUAGAGAAAGAACAAUGCAUUGGUACGCGCUAUUCUUGUUUAAUGAUCGCCUUUUGAUGAAUCUUCUUCACAAGCCACUGUUUGCGACCGGCACCAUUUGGAUUUUUAGACCUUUCUACCACUGGACAGUGGAAAGUCCAAAUAUUUUCGCCUAGACUACAGUUCAUUACAAAUAGGUUUAGCUAGUGGCUCUUAAUGUAGCUUUUUCUUCUAAGACCUCUAAUGCAGAAUAAUUACUAAUUAUUGACCACUAUGCGUUAGCAGAACUAGUUUUCAGACUAUAUCAUACACCACCCAAACAGCAUGAGGUCAAAAUUUUCAUAACUAUGGAACGACAAUUUAUCAACUUGCUGGCUUCUCCUGGGGGGAGGGAAGAGGCCUUACUGCUUUUUGCUUUGUUAAACGACUCUAAGGCCUCCUUGAAAAAUGUUGAAGUUACGAUAUAGUCUAGAAAUGUAUGCUUGAUGGAAUCGGAAUUGGUGCAAAAGAUGCAUGUUCACCUUCAGGUACUUGAAUUUCAACAAGUUUGUUUUGCGCUUGUAAGAUCAUAUGUCAAAGCCGGAAAGAAACGACCCAAAAUUUAGUAUCACCUGUCGAUGGGCAGAUAAAUGAUGAUUUAAGUUUCUAUUUGUUAAAUAAGUUCAGAUGGUUAAUACCAGUUGUCAACUUUCAA